UACAGGAAAGACCUAACGUGCGGCAUGGCAGCCUGAACCCGCAGGGAGGAGGAGGAGGAGAAAAGGAGGAGGGAGAGAAAAGCGCUAUUCCCCCCCCUCUCUCUCUCUCUCUCUCUCUUGAGUGCUUUUUUUUUCUCACCAUAAACCGACUCAAACCUGAACGGACUGUAUGUGGACGCGUCGCAGGAGACAGAACACUGUGGAUUAUACGUGGGGUUUUGUUUUUUUGUUGUGGAUAAUAAUUAAAAAAAAAAAAAAAAAAAAAAAAAAAAAAGGACAAAACAAGCGGAGUUUAAUUUGAGGAGAGAACUCGUGGAUCGAUGAGAGAAGACGGGCGGCCAGAGAGAAGCUCCCCCGCUGACAUAAGAGAGUGAGGAGAUUACAGUAGGAGCUCCGAGCAGGCGAACCAGCACACGGGCUCUCCGCCAGAGCCAGAGCCAUGAGCCGGGCGCUUGUGGACCAUAUCGCCAGCAGUUUCCGAGAAGAUGCUCCUCGACCCCCGGUGCCGGGGGAGGAGGGCGAUGCGCCCUGCUGCCCCGGCAAACUGAUGAAAGCCCUGGAGCCCCCCAAGUCGUUUCUGCUCGGCUCUCCUGGAUCCGCGACGCGCAGGAACGAGGACGGUCUCGGGGAGCCGGAGGGGAGUGCCUCCCCGGAUUCUCCGCUCUCCCGCUGGACAAAGUCUCUCCACUCUCUGCUGGGCGACCAGGACGGGGCUCUCCUCUACAGGACCUUCCUGGAGCGGGAGAAAUGCGUGGACGCGUUAGACUUCUGGUUCGCCUGCAACGGCUUCAGGCAGAUGGACCUGAAGGAUACCAAAACGCAACGCGUGGCCAAAGCCAUCUACAAGCGCUACAUCGAGAACAACAGCAUCGUCGCCAAACAGCUCAAACCGGCGACCAAAACCUUCAUACGGGAUAAUAUCAAGAAGCAGCACAUCGACUCGGCGAUGUUCGACCAGGCGCAGACGGAGAUCCAAGCCGACAUGGAGGAGAACGCCUACCAGAUGUUUCUGACCUCUGACAUUUACCUCGAGUACGUGAGGACCGGGGGGGAGACCCCGAACCACGGCAACCCCACCGGCCUGGGCGACCUGAAAGUGGUGUGUGGAUACCUGCCCACGCUCAACGAGGAGGAGGAGUGGAGCUGUGACUUCAGAGCCAAAGCGCUGGUUGGAUUGUCGGCGAAGGCGCAGAGGGCCACCACCGUGUCCAUGAGGGCGGUGGAGGUGAUGGAGAGGGGAUACAGAUCAUACAAGAGAGGAGACUCUCUCAACCCCUGUCAUGUGGGCUCCUUCGCCCCCGUCAGCAGCACCAACGACAGCGAGGUGUCCAGUGACGCCCUGACGGACGACGCCAUGUCCAUGACCGACAGCAGUGUAGAUGGCAUCCCUCCGUAUAAACUGGGCUCAAAGAAACAGCUACACCGAGAGAUGCAUCGCAACAUGAGGAUGAACAGUCAAGUUUCUCUGCCUGCUUUCCCUCGUACCUGCCGUCCUCCCAAGGAGAUGGUCCCAAUGAAGCCGUCGGAGUUCGCUGCCCAGCUCAUCUCCCGCCUGGAGAGCCUCAAGACAAAGCAGGACACCCUCAACUGUCUGGAGGAGAAGCUGCAGCAGAUUAAGGAGGAGGAGGAAAAAGAAGACACGGAGAUCAUCGGAAGCGCUCCCCAGCUCUCUCCUCACCCCUUGACCCUCCUCCCCGGCUCCUCUGACGAGGACCCCCAGGCGAUCCUGGACGAACACCUGUCCCGCGUCCUGAAGACGCCGGGCUGCCAGUCCCCCGCCGUCGUCCGCCACUCACCUCGCUCCAGCUCCCCGGAGCACAGGCCCAUCACGCGGGCAGGCUUUGGAAUCAAGACCCUGGUCAGGACGGGGCCCUCCAGUCCCGACCAAGGGGCCAGCUCUCUGACCUUGGGCCCCAGCAGGACCUUCGUAAGCCGGCAGAGCACCAAACACAUCCACCACCACUACAUCCACCAUCACGGCAGUCCCAAAACUCAGGAGCAGAUUGAAAGGGAGGCCGCCCUCCGAGUGCACGGUCUGUGCUCCGGCAGUGGCGAGUGCCAGCCUUACCAGCGCAGCCGCAGCCUGGGCAGGGAGAUGUGUGGGGCCGUCUCAACAGACAGCAGCGUGGGGCGUUCCAGCUCUCUGUCCAGGCGUGUGUGUCGUUCAGGGGUUGAGGAUGGAGCAGCAGAGAGGUGCAUGGAUGACUGCGGGCCUCUACAGCUGCCCAGCGACACCACAGACACCACCCAGAAUGUGCUGCAGUGGAUCCUGGAGAGUAAACGACAAGGCAGGCACAAGUCUCACAGUAACCAGAGCACCAAGAAAGCCUUCGGUGGCUCCUCCACGCAGACGCACACGUGGGGCGGCGGCGGAAGCUGUGGCCACCUACGUAGCCACCAGCCGGCCCAGCCGUUCAUCCAGGACCCAGCCAUGCCGCCCCUGCCCCCACCCAACACUUUGGCCCAGCUGGAGGAGGCCUGCCGCAGGCUGGAGGAGGUCUCCACCAAGACCACCAAGCAGAGGCAUCCAAUGUCCAGUCUCCAGCAAGAGAAGAGCCACCUGGUCCCGGUCCAGGCCGAGGGCUCCGCCCCUCUGUCUCUAGCCAAUCCCAGCCCCGCUGGCCUCGUCGCAACCGGCCCCGGCCUCCAAUCAGAAGAGUCGAAGGAGGUUAAAAAGGGUUUAGGAGGCGAGACGACGGUGACGUAUUUCUUCUGUGGCGAGGAGAUCCCCUACCGGAGGAACAUGAAGAGCCACAGUCUCACCCUGGGCCACUUCAAGGAGCAGCUCCGCAAGAAGGGAAACUACAGGUACUACUUCAAGAAGGCCAGCGACGAGUUCGAGUGCGGCGCCGUGUUCGAGGAGGUGUCAGACGACGGCUCCUUGCUGCCCACCUACCAGGGCAAGAUCCUGGGCAAGGUGGAGAGGAUGGAGUGAGACCUCCCCUAAUGUUGUGGAUUUUAAUCUGACUCUCUUCACACCUCCGUGGAUGUACUCCCUUCAUUUUCUCACACACACACACACACACGCACACACACACAGAGAGUUUGUGUCUCUUUAAGCUAAAGACUGUCGGACUGGAGAUGUCGUUGAAGGAAUGUUAACGAGGGUUUGGGCGGAUGAACAAAAGGAAGGAGGACAAGUUAUCGCUACUACAGGACUAUCACGUGAACAGCCCGCCUUGAAGUGAAGAAAAUAAAAAAAGACUGUGUGUCGCUGGACUGAAAACAUCUCUGCGUUUCCAGAAGAGAAAACUCUCGAGACUCUAGGUGAAUGACCACUCCUCAAAGAAGCCGGGCGAUGGGUUUAGAAUCUGAGACUGACAGCCUACCUGACCCUGCCUGUGCUAGCUUCUGCCCAUGGGGCACCCGCUAGCCUUGCCGCUAAUAUGUAUAUGCAGAUAUACAUGUACAUUGCAUUGUAUUGUGAUGCUCGUAUUGCUGUGUAAAGAUUUCUAUUGCUAUUUAUUGGAAACAUCCCUGCCCCAACCCUAAUUUGUUCCUCCAUGGACAAGCUGCUUGGAGUUGGAGAAACUUCUCCAAUUUCUCCACAUCUUUGAUUUUUUUUUAUUUUUUAUUUUUUUUCUCUCCUUCUGAGCAUCAGUUCUCAAGUAAAAGGAAAUGGGUUUUUUAUUUUAUUAUUUUCUGCCCCUCAUAUUGAACUGUAAACUUCAUAAAAUACCUCUUCAGAAAAAAAUCCACUCCUGUUCCUGGAUAUUUAGCGGGACAUCAUCUCCGAUCUCUUGGCUGGAGAGCUUACUGCUGAAGCUUUGAGAAUGGCUCUCUAUCACUUAAAAAGUUUGAUAAUAUAUUUACUACUGCAGUGCUAUUUGUGGCUGUGUCCCCAUCUGCUCUGAGUGUACUAUGAACAAAAAAAAAAAGAAGAAGAAGAAGACAAAUGCCAUUAACGUUUAAUUCCCAACUCUGGGACUCUGCCCAGCUCGCCUUGAUCUGUCGCGUCUUAGUGCCUUUGUUUCAGUGGCGCAGGCAUCGCACAAAUAGCCUACGUGUUAACGAAGAGGAAACCGCCCUGAACAGGUCCUAGAGUCCCCAAAAUGUGUUUACACCAAUAUUAAUAUUUACCAACAAAAAGCUCUAUAGUGUGCUCCCCAACGUGCUUACCUAUGUGAUUGUGUGACUGAGUUGCUUUAGAGUAGGGUUACUCUGUGUGUAUUUGAACCCUGCACUAUGAGCUGCAGGUGAUGAUUAUGAUGGUGGUGAUUUAUACACUAUGUCCAUAGUGUUUUUAAUUGAGUACAGUAGCUGUGCCUACAUGGAUUCUUGCCGUGUUUUACCCAGUUUUCAGGGUCCUGUUACUCCCUUGGUUUUUACAAGGGGCCUUAUGUUGAAAAGAUAUUUUUAUGCCUUUUUAGUAUCCGUUUCAUCAUGUUUUAUGUUUUAUAAUAUUUUUCAUGGCUUCCUUGGCUCCACUUGUAAACUGUAAAUUAUGCGUUCUAUAGAGCUCAGUUGAAAAGAUGCCUCGGUACUUUAAUUAUUGUAAUUAUGAAGAGAU